UCGUGCUGUCCCUGGCCCCCAUGGUGGCCUCCACGGUGGCUAACGGGCCCAGCAGCCCCUGGGAUGCCAUCAGCCUCAUCAUCACACUACGCAUCUGGAGGGUCAAGAGGAUCAUUGAUGCUUAUGUGCUACAAGUCAAAGUUGAGAUGGAAUUGGAAAUACAGCAGUGUGAGAAGACCAAGGCUAUGAGAGAGGAGCAGCUGGAACGUCUCACUCAGAUCUGCCAGGAACAGGCUUUUGAGAUCAGGCAGCUGAGGGCCCAUCUGGCCCAGCAGGACCUGGACCUCGCGGCGGAGCGUGAAGCAGCCAUGCAGAUCCACCAUGUAUGGGGCAAACAGGGCAGGAGUUUUCAAGUUGUAGAAGGCUUGACUCCCGGGGAGUCUGAUGACGAGGGCGGCCAGAGAAACCCCAGGGAGCCCCAUGCUACUGCAGAUCCAGUUGUACGUGAUGACAUGAACAACUACAUCAGCCAGUACUAUAGUGAGGCAAGUAGUGCUGGGGCGUCUGGUUUAGGUGCCCGGGUCAUCACCACGGCAGCCAUUGAUAUUCACCUCCCCACCAAUCCAAAUCCCAUCCAGUCAAACCCGAUGCUUGCUAUGGAGCGAGUGGGCAGUGCCAUAAGUGAUGUCUCCACCAGCGUAUCACGGUCCAGUGGAAGCCUGACAGCCCGCCCCCAAAGCCUGAGUAGCCACACACCGGGUUCAUCUAUGACAGACUGCAGCAGCAGCACAGCCCAGGACCUCAGUUUGAGCUACAGCUCCCAUCGCUGCUGCCCGCCUUCCUUCUCAGGCCAGGACCCCUGCAGGGACCCCAGCAUGGUUGUACAGGAGCUACUCUCCUCUCUCUCUGAGGACUCCUGUCUUGCUCAAAAGGGCCUGGCAGUGGACCCUGUCAACCUUAAGCUUCCCAGUCCUACUGGCUCAGAAAAAGCCAGCCCUGAGCUGGACAACAGAAUAAACAUCUUCAACCGCAGGAACCAAGAGGAGAGGCGAGGCCGUGGAAGAGGUUGUGUGCUGUUGCAGACCAAGCCAUUGAUCCACCUGCAGGGCAGCACAACUGAGCCCUCUCUGGAGGAGAAGUACCGGCUCCUGGGACCAGCUGACACACCUCUGGGCCACAUGCCUGACACAUAAGCUGCAUUUACACAGAAACAGAAUGAAAGACGUUCCUCUUUCACUGCUACCAUGUUUGGCACAUAUAUGCACUCUUGUGGCAGGUCAAACUUUGUGAGAGCGACUGUGCAGGAUUUAAAAAUUGGAUUUUUUCUGUUGCUGUGUAAAUCCAAUCUUAGCCAAUUCAGAGCAAGCUUGAGCCUUAGCCUCCAGCUAACACUGAUGCUCCUUAACAUGACAUGUUCAGUCAUCAAUGGUUGAAAUGACAAUAAAAUCUCUUAGGCCCUUUUUCAUACUGUCCAACCUCCCCUGUUCCUCCUUGAUGGAUGUUGGAAAUCAGAAAUGCCCUGAUAUAGCACAACAAAGACAAUAACAUCCCAGAUAGGGGGACUCUGAUGUGUUCUUGAACACAUUCUUCAUCAGGAAUUCUCACUUUGAAUAGGUCCUAAAUGCACUGAACUUUACAUGAAUUAAAACCAGCAAGGGGCCAUUCAAGCCUAUAUACUGAACAAAAACUUUAAUGCUGAACAGUAUUGCAAACCAAGACACUGUUCUCUAUUCUUGGAGUUUCAAGCAGUUAAAAGGAGUGUUUUCUAUUGCAUUUUUCUUGUUAUUUUGUUUCUUUUAAUUUGUAUUAUCAACUUUAGACAUUAAUCAUGCUGUUCUUUGUUCUAACAGCCACAGGGUACACAAGACUGGAUUAACUAUACAAACAGCCAAUUUUUUACCUUUGCCUCUCUGUCACCCGUUUGUUUGAUUGGAAACCAUCUUCAAAAUCUAUUGAAUAGCAUUUUUGUUUUACUUGUUCAUAAAAAAAGUUAGUAGGGUAUAUUUGUGUGGAUGAAAUGAAAAGGUAAGUGACUGGAUUCUUCAAAUGAAACUAGACUGGUGUGCUUGUAGCAUGAACCUUUAAAAGAUAUGUGCCCUAAAUGGCAAGCAA